AUGACAGCAAAGGGCAGAGAGAUUCUGAAGGCUGCAAGUGAGGGCUGUCUGGUUGAUUCAGUGUAUGCCAUCUACCCUCUAGUCCUGGCAGAGAUAGGGGUCUCCAUGGUAAGAGGAAGAUUCUGGGAGUUGGCCUAUGUGACCCAAGCCUCUUCCUAUGACUUCCUGGAGGACAGUGGGGCAAAUGUGGAGAGCAGCCCCCAAGAGGAAGUGAAGCAAAUGAAGGUCCAGGCCACCGAGCUUCUACCCUCAAAGCCUGCUCCCGGCAAAGGGCCUGCAGGCGAUGAGCUGGAGCCUUCAGCGGUGCCGCGGGAGGUGCCGACUGAACGCACCACCACAGAGAUGGAGCUGGAGAAGGUGCGGAUGGAGUUUGAGCUGACCAGGCUAAAGUACCUGCAUGAGGAGAACGAACGUCAGCGGCAACAUGAAGAGACGAUGGAGCAGCUUCACAGACAGGCACCACACCAGCUGUUCCCAGGAGGAUUCCAAGACCUCCUGCUCCCCCAGAAUCAAUUUGCCAUGUUCCUGUAUUGCUUCAUCUUCAUUCACAUCAUCUACGUCACCAAGGAGAUGAUUUUCUUCCUCUUCACCAAGCAUUACCUCUUCUGCAUUGCUGCCAUUCUGCUCUGUUUGAUUAAAACCUUGUGGUCAUACGUCCCUGUGCCCCCUGCUCUACCUACCUGA